CUUGUCAGUGAGUCGAGACCAAAAAAAAAAAAAAAAAAAAAAAAGAAAAGACUACAGAGCCUCGGGUUUUUAAACGGCUUACCCCAUGUCCAUCCGUUCAUUAACAGGCCACUGACGCUUCCGCGGAUCAAAAAAUCUCAAGUUUGCGCUUGACGUGCCACUGGUAGAGUCAUGACACUGAGACAAUCCAAUGGCUGCAGAAAGCUGACCUUGACCCUUUGCCUGACCCUGACUCUGGGCCUGCUGCAGUGGCCAGUAAGAGAUGUUAGUGGUCAGGAUGGACUAUCUCCUGCUCAAGUCCUUCAGGAACUGCUGACACGCUAUGGCGACAACACUACCAUCUCUGUUCCCCAGCUUCGAUCACUCUUAGUGCGGUUAAAUGAAGGACAAAGUGAAGACCACAACAUACAAACACAGCCCACAAAAACCAAUGCAUCCAAGUGCUUGGCAGCAGAAACUCUGGCAGUGUAUGGGAUGAGUGAGCAGUCCCAAAUAGAUGGACGAGGCCUACAGGACAUCUGCCCCACCAUGAUACAGCAGCUGGACUCACAAGCAUGCAAGACCCAACAGGACCAAGAGUCUGAGGCCAGUCCCAGACCCUCCUAUGCAGAGGUGUGGGGUUAUGGUUUCCUGUGUGUGACAGUGAUAUCUCUGUGUUCACUGGUCGGGGCAAGUGUGGUUCCCUUCAUGAGGAAAACCUUUUAUAAGCGGUUGCUGCUGUACUUCAUAGCCCUGGCCAUUGGUACUCUGUACUCCAACGCCCUCUUUCAACUAAUCCCAGAGGCGUUUGGAUUUGAUCCCAUGGAGGAUUAUUAUGUGUCCAAGUCUGCUGUUGUGUUUGGAGGAUUCUACCUGUUCUUCUUUACAGAGAAAAUCCUGAAGAUGGUCUUGAAACCAAAGGACAGGGAAGGCCAUGGCCACAGUCACAUCCCUGCAGAGCACUAUGCCAACUCUAAUGGUGACUUGGAGGAUGGCAUGAUGGAAAAGCUGCAGAAUGGAGAGGCUGGAGGACCGGCCUUACCCAGAGCAGAAGGAGACGCUAGAGGGGUCGGAGAAGAUGACAAAAUGCUAAGCACAGGACCUACAGUACAGGACUCUCAGAGUUCAGGUGGUGCUGGAACAGGUGGAUGCUAUUGGCUGAAGGGCCGGGCAUACUCUGAUAUCGGUACUCUGGCAUGGAUGAUUACUCUGAGCGAUGGUCUCCAUAAUUUCAUAGAUGGCCUGGCUAUCGGGGCCUCCUUUACUGCCUCUGUGUUUCAGGGCAUCAGUACGUCAGUGGCAAUUCUGUGUGAGGAGUUUCCACAUGAGUUGGGUGAUUUUGUAAUCCUGCUAAAUGCUGGCAUGAGCAUCCAGCAGGCUCUGUUCUUUAACUUCCUGUCGGCGUGCUGCUGCUAUCUGGGCAUGAGCUUUGGCAUCCUGGCUGGAAACCGCUUCUCUCCUAACUGGAUCUUUGCUCUAGCUGGGGGCAUGUUUCUCUAUAUAGCACUGGCUGAUAUGUUCCCAGAGAUGAACGAGGUCAGUCGUGAGGAAGAGGAGGCAGGAGGAAGUGGCUCUCUUCUCACUUUCGCCAUCCAAAACGCAGGGCUGCUCACGGGGUUCGCCAUCAUGCUUUUACUCACCAUCUACUCAGGACAGAUACAGCUUGGAUAGCAGUGGACCUAAAUCAGAACUCCAAACCUAAAGGACUAACUCAGUACCUGGACUACAACCUGAGACUUCCUGGGCUUAACGUCAAACCUCCAGACUUAAAUAUGAACCAGCUGUGCUGGCUUGUAAUUGCCCAGCUGGACUAGGCCAAGAUAUAAUGUAAAUGGACAUGUUAUGGGUUUAGUUUGGGCUCAGAUUGAAGCCUGGACAUACAGUAAUUUUGACCGAACCCUUAACAAACUGACCCAAGUCACAACUGACCUGUCAACGUUUUUUAGAUUCAUCCAAAACCCAGAACAUGUGGAUGGAACCUCUACCAUUCGUCUUGACAGCCUUUUCUCAAAAGGAGAUUUAGGACACAAUUGUAUCCCUGUAAACUAUGAAUUCCACCACCCCAUUGUAUACAUCUUGGCAUUUGUGAUGAUUUAUAAUUUUCUCAUUUCUUUCCUCUCCGUUAAAUCAAAAAUCCUCUUUCUUUUAGAGACAAGCUUUCUGCAUAUUCUAUAUUUUCAUAUUUCCAAAAACCUGACUCAUUUUACUGCAAUAAAAAAAAGGGGAAAACUUUCCCAUAGCCUUGAGGCUAGAUUUUUAUAGACUAUACAAUCUAAACAAAGUUACCAGUAGAUGGCACUCAUUCAAAAAUUGGCCCCUUUUACUUCCAUUGUAAGGGUCUCACUGUAACCUUGAUUUUUGCUUUUGUUAAAGAAAGUAAUUGUUUGUGGUAAUCAACAUUAUGCCACAAAUGCUGUCGAUUGAGCUUAACUUCUAUUGUACUCGGUAUAUUCCUUUAAGGUCUUAGUUUAUUUACAAAGAAGUAUUUGCUCACAAAUGUAUUAUCCCUGUAUUCAUUAUUUGCCAUGCACUAUUUAAAAAAUUGCCUCAAAACCAAACAUCGAGAGCUUGAAACAAACAAAAGAUUACUAUAAGUCGUAAAUUUUUUGUUAUUGUUGAUUGUGUAUUUGUCUAGUUUUUUUUACCUCUUCAUCAAAGGAGAUACCAAUGUCAGACCAAAUCAGUGGCGUUCCUCUAGAAAGAUCUGUUCUACUUCCUUGCAAUCUUUUUUUAAACCAAACUCGUACUGCUCUUCUCAUUUUUAUUUCUACACUGUAACCUUGCAUAUUAAAGGGAUAGUUCACCCAAAAAUGAAAAUACUCAUCAUUUACUAUCCUUCAUG